UGUGGCUGUGUCGUGCGCGUGAGCCCCGUAGGGCCGGGGAGGCACCCAGCUUCCGCGCGGGGAGGAGGCCGAGGCCGCAGCCGGAGGGAGGCCCCGGCCCCUCAGUACGCGUGGGCGCCUGUGUCUGGCAGAGCCGGUGUGAGACGAAGAGACAAGCCUUCCCUGCCGCCGGGGUAAUCAAGAGUUUGGGCCGGACCUUUGAGCACACACCGCGAUAGUGAGGAGCCAGACGCAAAGCACAGACUAUGGCGCUGAAACGGAUUAAUAAGGAACUUAGUGAUUUGGCCCGUGACCCUCCAGCACAGUGUUCUGCAGGUCCAGUUGGGGAUGAUAAGUUUUUUGUUUUGAUUUUAGUGUUUCAUUGGCAAGCCACAAUUAUGGGACCUCAUAUUUUUUUCCCACAGAAUGACAGCCCAUAUCAAGGUGGUGUAUUCUUUUUGACAAUUCAUUUUCCUACAGACUACCCCUUCAAACCACCUAAGGUUGCAUUUACAACAAGAAUUUAUCAUCCAAAUAUUAACAGUAAUGGCAGCAUUUGUCUCGAUAUUCUAAGAUCACAGUGGUCUCCUGCAUUAACUAUUUCUAAAGUUCUUUUAUCCAUUUGUUCACUGCUAUGUGAUCCAAACCCAGAUGACCCCCUAGUGCCAGAGAUUGCACGGAUCUAUAAAACAGACAGAGAUAAGUACAACAGAAUAUCUCGGGAAUGGACUCAGAAGUAUGCCAUGUGAUGCUACCUUAAAGUCAGAAUAACCUGCAUUAUAGCUGGAAUAAACUUUAAAUUACUGUUCCUUUUUUGAUUUUCUUAUCCGGCUGCUCCCCUAUCAGACCUCAUCUUUUUUAAUUUUAUUUUUUGUUUACCUCCCUCCAUUCAUUCACAUGCUCAUCUGAGAAGACUUAAGUUCUUCCAGCUUUGGACAAUAACUGCUUUUAGAAACUGUAAAGUAGUUACAAGAGAACAGUUGCCCAAGAUUCAGAAUUUUUUUAAAAAAAAUGGAGCAUGUGUAUUAUGUGGCCAAUGUCUUCACUCUAAUUUGGUUAUGAGACUAAAACCAUUCCUCACUGCUCUAACAUGCUGAAGAAAUCAUCUGAGGGGGAGGGAAAUGGAGGCUCAGUUGUCGCAUCAAAGGAAACAGCAUUAUUCUAGCAGCAUCCAUUCUUGUUUAAGCCUUCCACUGUUAGAGAUCUGAGGUUACAUGAUAUACUUUAUGCUCAUAACUGAUGUGGCUGGAGAAUUGGUAUUGAAUUUAUAGCAUCAGCAGAACAGAAAAUGUGAUGUAUUUUAUGCAUGUCAAUAAAGGAAUGACCUGUUCUUGUUCUACAGAGAAUGGAAAUUGGAAGUCAAACACCCUUUGUAUUCCAAAAUAGGGUCUCAAACAUUUUGUAAUUUUCAUUUAAAUUGUUAGGAGGCUUGGAGCUAUUAGUUAAUCUAUCUUCCAAUACACUGUUUAAUAUAGCACUGAAUAAAUGAUGCAAGUUGUCAAUGGAUGAGUGAUCAACUAAUAGCUCUGCUAGUAAUUGAUUUAUUUUUCUUCAAUAAAGUUGCAUAAACCAAUGA